AUGACCCGAACAUCUCUAAUGAAGCGUCUAAUGACGCUCUUCAAGACAACCCAUCAAUCAGAACAAGGCUACCCUUAUGAGCUCGAGGAAAAGUAUACUGUCACCCGAAACACACUUGGUGUGGGAUCUUUUGCUGUUGUCAAGGAAUGCAUCAGUCGUGAAGAUGAAAAAUCUUAUGCCCUCAAGAUCAUUCUCAAAAAAGCCAUUGCCGGCAAGGAACAUAUGUUGGAUAGUGAGCUUGAUAUCCUAAAGCAAGUGCAUCAUCCACACAUUGUAUCAAUGCACGAUAUAUAUGAAAGCAAGGAUGCCGUUUACAUUGUCACCGAUCUAUGCGAAGGUGGUGAGCUUUUCCAGCAAUUGCUAGAAAGAGGUACCUACACCGAGGAAGAUGCAGCUAAUAUUGUGCGUCAAAUGCUGGAAGGACUUGCCUAUUUGCAUGAACAUGAUAUUGUUCAUCGCGAUAUCAAACCUGAAAACCUACUAUUUGAUAUCAAGGAUGAGGAGAAUGCCAAGCUGAUGAUCACCGAUUUCGGAUUAUCAAAAAUACUCAAGCAUCACGACGACAUCCUCAUGACGGCUUGUGGUACACCAGGCUAUGUUGCACCUGAGGUCCUGCUACAAGUGGGUCACGGGAAACCAGUGGACAUAUGGAGCGUGGGCGUUGUUACGUACACUUUGCUUAGCGGCUAUACGCCAUUCUGGGGUGAAGAUCAAACAUCCCUUUUUGAGUGUAUCACAUCCGGGGUAUAUGAAUACGACGAGGAAUAUUGGAUGGAUAUUUCGGAUCAAGCAAAGGAUUUCAUUGAUAGCUUGUUGACCUAUAACCCAAACGCUCGUGUUACCGCCGAAGAAGCAUUACAACAUCCAUGGAUCACCGGGGAGAAAGAACGUGAGACGAAUCUGGCACCUAUCAUCCGUAAAGGAGCCAACAGUCAUAGGUCGUUUAGAUCAAUUGUGACAGCCAUGACAUUGUUAAGCCAUUGGAAACAUCUCGAAAAUGUACCCGAGGACGAUGAAGAAUCCGAAUAG